AUGGCUCUAGUGAUACGAGAUGUCUCCGCGUUGAAGCCGGACAUCCGUCUGGCUCAGGCGGUAUCAGAGUUUGAAGCAGCGCUUACAGCUGAACAAAAAGUCACCUUCAGAGCCUCGCGAACUGCAGCGAUCAGCACAGCACCAACCAUGUCCGACGUCAUGCGUCUCACAGCAGAGAUGGAUCUCAAGGCCACGAGCAAGCAUGGUCGCAUACGAUGUUUUGGACCGCGAUUAACCAACAUGCUUCAAGCUAUUCAGCAGUUUGCAGCCCUGGGUGACAUCGUCGUCGGCGGGUCCCAGAACCUCAUCGCAUGUGGAGUCUGGUCCGCUGCGAGAAUGACUGUUCAUGUGAUGACCGGAUACUUGACGCAUCUAGAGAAGCUUUCAGUCCUGUUUAUGACCGUCGGCCGAAACGCACCCCGAUAUCAAGCAAUGGCUGCCAUAUAUCCGAAGUCCAAGAACCUGCAACGAUAUCUCUGUGAAUACUUUAUCAUUGUCACCAAACUGUGUUAUGAACUGGUUACCUGGGUCCAAAAGCCAGCUUUGAAUCGAAUUUCAACUUCCCUCAGAGACCCUGACAUGAAAGGCUUUCAGGCAGACCUGGAAACAUGGUCCGCGUCCAUCAAGGAAGAGGCCGAUCUCUUGCUCAGCCAACGUUUCCAAGAGGAAGCCAAAGAAAACGCGACAUUCAGAUCGAUAAUAUCGUAUCGAUCCGAAUAUAUCCAUCAUCGACAAAAGAUGGAUAGAAGCAUUCGCUUUCUGGACGCUUGCUCACAGCAUGAUUAUCGCACGACAUGGAAGCAGACGCGCAAGCGUGGGACAACUCGCACUCUACCUUCAUACAGUGAAUAUCAGAAAUGGAAAAGCACUCCGUAUGUCGGUGCUUCAAUUCUUUUCCGUGGAAAGUUGGGGGCAGGGAAAUCUGUCCUCCUCGCGAAUAUCAUCGAUGAUCUAAACCUCCUCCAAAACGCCAUUACGCUAUACUUCUUUGUGCGCCAUGACACUCCCGACUCUCUCAGCUCUAGAACCAUCUUUGGGUCUCUGGCUCGACAGCUGUUGGAAAGCUUCGUCAACGAUAGCAGGUUCGAUCACAUGUUCGCGGAGCGCUUAUCUCAACUAGACCUCGAUGAUAUCAUUGAGAUCUUCCGAAUCAUCCCAUCGCAUGGUAGACCUGUAUAUAUCGUACUCGAUGGACUCGAUGAAUGCUCCACAGAAGAACAAGAAAUUGUACUUCGCUGUCUAUCAUCCCUCAAGCCCAAUGGUUAUAAGAUUUGCAUGUCAGUCAGGACUCCUACAGAAAGCUCAGUAUGGGAAGACCAGCAUUUUGAACUUGACGAGUCUAUACCAGAAGAAAAUCAGGACAUAGCCGACUUCGUGCAAGCUGAAGUCGAUCAAAGAGUGCGAAAUAAACGACUAGUUACUCUGGACCCGUUGCUGGUCCAAGACAUCAAACAGGAGCUCAUUGAUGGCGCGUGUGGAAUGUAA